AUGGGAGACGCCUACGAGGCGCUCGCUGUCGCCCAGAGCGCGCAGUUGUACCUGCUCGUGGGCCUCCUCGGCGUCGUCGUGUACCUGCUCCUCGUCCUCACCUUCUUCUUCGUGCCGCACAUCAAGACGCAGCACCCGGCCGCAGACCUCGUGGCCUGGCACGCGAGCUGCGGCUUGAUGACGUCCAGCGGCUUUGUCUUUGGCUUUGUAUGGCAGCGCCAGCACGAGAUCCGAGUGGACGAUCCGCUUGUGCACCGGCAGUGCGCGUUCCUCGCCCCGUUCCACCAGUUUUUCUUCCUGGCAGGCACGUGCUGGUACCUCAUGCUGACGAUGGACCUGCUCGUGGCGCUCGUGAACCCCUGGAUGGGCUAUCGCUGCAAGAAGUGGACGUACCAUACAAUAGUGUGGAGUGUGAGUGGGGUUUCGGCGCUGGUGUUGCAUCAGCUUGAGCUCUAUGGUCUUUCGUCGCUGAAUGUGUGCUGGGUCAAGCGCACGAAAGAUCCAGCAGAGAUGAAUGUGGCCAAUUGGGUCUUUCUGUUUGUGGCUGUAGGGGUUACGUGCUGCUUGUCACUUGCAGUGCUAUUAUUUGCGAGUUUCCGCUUUGUGAGGCGACAACUGGAUGUCACGUAUCGCGCCAAGCGUCGGAACUUGAUCCAGUACUACCGCUACCUUUUAGUGUUCGCAGGACAUUGGACGGCGUGCGGAGCACUCUAUUAUGCUGCAUAUCGCCAGCGAUUUGAAGGCAAGAUGGCAAAACACUGUGAGCUCGCGUUUGCACUGGUCUUCGGGUCGUAUCCCGUACUGCUGCUGGUUGUCUGGGUGCUUAAUACGGAACUAUACCAGAACUUUUCCAGUGAAAACAAUCUUUCUCAGUCCGAGCAAGGAGCUCGACACUUGACAAGUACCGAACAUUUCAGUGCUGCUCUGCGGAAAGAUUUGAUGCGCUACACGACGGCAGGUAUUCGAUGCAGCAUCGGUGAGUCCCCGAUGGAUAGCUUACGCUCUCCGCUGCUCAGUAUGUCGCGAGACCGCUUUGGAUCAAUCGAUCGUACCGCUGCGCUGACUUUUUUGCAAAUGGAAGAGGGUGGAACGGCUGGGUUGUAUCACGAGAAAAAGCGGCUGGCUACGACUGUGUAUAAUGGCGAGUAUCGGUAUUAUGAGAAGCUAGGCUUCACUGACUACGCACCGAAAGUGUUUCAGAAUAUUCGCGAGAUCUGCGGUAUUGACAACGAAAUGUACGAACAAUCGUUUGCCGACACGUUGCUGGAACGUGCAUCGGAAGGCAAGUCGGGGAUGCUGUUCUACUUUACAAGCGACCGCCAGUACUUGGUGAAGACUAUGACGAAGAAAGAACACUCGUUCCUGCUGCAAGUGCUUCCGCUGUUUCAUCAGUAUAUUCUCAAGCAGCCGAACUCGCUCUUGUGCCGCUUUCUUGGAUGCCAUUCGAUGCAACUUCCGGUGGGAUGGAACAAAAUGUUUUUCGUUGUGAUGGAAAACAUCUUUCCUGAUGGACCGGUUGAUGAGCGCUACGAUCUUAAGGGGAUCUUUCACCAGUCCAGCUUUCGGUGUCAAGACGCUGUCUCAACACCAGGGUCAAGUGAAUGGAGCCGGAGUGGCAGGGAAGAAUCAGAUGUCGUGAACGUGUUCGAAGACGAGACGACAGCGGCAAGCGAGACUCAAAGCGUGGACAGUGCAUCACGACAUGUAGCAGAGAAGCAGCCGCUACUACGUCGCGGUCGCUCGCGCCCUUCACUCCGGUAUGAUAACGACUUUGUAACACGUCGGGCUUCACUUCGUGUGAAUCCUACAACUCGCGCGAACUUACUCGCGCAGGUAACUAGCGAUUGCGGAUUCCUCCAAGAGCUAGGAAUUAUGGACUAUAGUUGCCUUCUCGGCAUCCGGAACUACAAUUGUCGCAUUGAGUCCGAGGUGCUGGGCAAUCUGGCGCACAAUGCCGUUGUUUCCGCAGACCAGUCUACUGUGUAUUAUCUCGGGUUCGUGGACAUUUUGCAGCACUACAAUAUUGGAUGGAAGCUACAGCACUGCUUUCUCGCAGCGUUAAUGGACAAGCAUCAAAUUACGGCGCUUCCUCCUGCAGAGUAUGCACUGCGCUUUUUGAACUUUAUUCACGAGUACCUGCUGCGAGAUCCAGAAGCAUCUCAGGUCCGCUCGUACGGGAGUGUCGAGUACUCGCCCUCCAGCUUCGUCCGUCGAGAUCAGCUAUGA